AAUGCAGCCCCCGAAGUGAGCGGGCAAGCAUUCUCUUUGGCAGUCUGGACCAACAGGCCGUUGAGAGUCCCGGGCCGCGCAUAGCCCCGGUCACUUGGAGACAGCCUUUGCCGCUGUCCCCGAGCCGCCAAAGCCAGCUUCCAGGCGCUGCCGGCAGGGAAGAGGUUGUUGCAGGACCGUGGAGGCUGCGAGCAGGCGCCGGGCGGGCGGCCAGCGACGCGGCUGGAACGUGCACCCUCCAGCAGCCCGGGAGCCACGCGAGCUCCACGCUCGCACGCAUCAGCCGCGGCUAGCGCCUUUCUUCGCGUCCUGCGCGCCCGGCCUCUCCGCCCACCCGCCGACUCUUCACCACCGGGGAGGACCGAGCGGCAGCAUGAAUCUGUGGCUCUGCGUGCAGGCGCUGCUGCUGCUGCUCUGGCUCUCCUUGACCGCAGUGUGUGGAGUGCCACUGAUGCAGCCUCCAGAUGGGAAAGGGCUGAUGGAAGGCAACGUGCGUUACCUGGUGAAGCCCAGAGUUUCUAGGACUGGACCAGGGCCCUGGCAGGGAGGCCGGAGGAAAUUCCGCCGCCAGCGUCCCCGCCUCUCCCAUAAGGGCCCCAUGCCUUUCUGAAGCAGGACUGAAGAGUCUCCGAGCGCCUGCCCCUGCCGUUCUCUCUACUCCACAGACUCAUUCUCUUCUCUGGGGCCCUCACAUCCAUUCAGCUCACAUCUUGCACCUGUUUUAGCUGCUGGUCGUCCCAGCUCUUCUCACCCACCAAGUUCCUCUAAGGGCGUGGCCCUGCCCCUCAUUCGGAUGAUUCCAUUUCUCUCACAAGGAUCCACUCGCCACGUCUUCCUGGCAACUCCUUGGACUGCCAUUGGAGACUCAGCUGCUUCUCGGAGUGCCCCAUGCUCUAGUCCCUGUCCAUUGGCCUCACCCUUUUCUUCUCAUAUCUGCCCUGGAAACUGGGUAGAAACAUUCCUUUCUUCAGUGGGCACAUCCAUACUUUGUUAUCAGUUGGACCCCUUGCUUGGUCUCCAGAGAAGAAUACAGAGAUGUGCAAUGAGAGAUUGUGGUUGAGGGGGGCUUGGAGUUGGGAUCCAGAGAGGGUAUACUGGGGGACAUUGAAGGGGUAUGUACCUUGGUGAAGGGGUGAAGAAAAAUAAUUGAAUAAUUGCCAUGGCCUCUUCCUCAGCUCUCUUUGGCUUUGUUAAGGAAGAGGCAAAGGAGAGAGGCCCAUGAAGUACUUUGUCACUGUGUCUCCUAACACCCCCCACUUCUCUCUACCCCACUCCAGCUAGUUCAGUUUCUAGAUCAGAAGGGGAGAGUGCUGAGCUGUGUUACUCUCCUGGGAGUAAAAUCCAAGGAGGAGGGUUGUUUUGCCAAAAAAAAAAAAAUCAUAGAAAGUCAGUGCCCAAAGGACCCUUGGAGAUCACUUAACUCAGCUUCCUUAUGCAAAAGCUUGCACAAACAGGCCUGGAGAGAGGAGUGACUUGCUCAGAGCCACUGAGUAGCCCGAAUGGGGACCAGGUCUCUCAAAUCCCACUUUAUGAUGUCCUCUUCCCUCUUGAUGAUGUCUUUUUAAAGCAAAUGAAGUGCCUUUUGCUGGGGUUAGUGCAGGGGGUGGCUGGGAAGGGAAGGGAAGGGAGAAGUAAACUGGCUAUGAACCUCCUUGUAUGGGGAUAGAGCUAACCCCGCCUCCCUGGCCCUCCCAUGUCAUUCCAUUCCCAACCUGGCCUAUUCUAUAAGUAGAGAGCUGUACCUCCAAGCCCCUGGUCCCAGCAUCACUCCCAGGCUCAAGCUAUUUUAGUUGGGAUGCUCAGGCACUGAGACUACCAUUUAGCCCCUGAUGCUGGUUGUCAUGAGCCCCUAUGUUGACUGGACCCUUGUUCUAGUGACUUUUUUCAGGGGCUGGUCAAACAGCAGAGAAGGGGGAGGAAAAGAAGGAGAGGAGGACGGAAGAGGAAGGAGAGAUGGGAGAAUGUGCAGGUGGCAUACGUCACUCCUCCAGGAGGCCCCAUUUUUCUCAACAGUGCCAGAGGCCUCUUGCAGCCCUUCUAGGAAGGGAGACCCUCUCACCUUUUGCCCAAGCAUGUGUCCUUCUCAGUGGCCUUCUAUGAGGAAGAAAAGGGAAGACAGAAGACUGAUGUCCACUUACAGAUGGGUGGGGCAAGGGGAGUCAGGACCCCCAAGGCCCAUAAUAACCCCAAGUUUGCCUGUCCACCUCCCCCAAAGUCAUUUCCUUUCCCUCUCCUGCUGCUAAUGCUGCUGCUGCUACUGCUACUGCCUCAAAGCCCACCCUGGGGAGCUGGGCCAGGCAUAGCUUCCCCACUCCUUGGGCUUGAAGUGGGGGCUGGCCGGUGCCUUUUCUGCUGCUGGUACCCCCACAGGGACCGGCCUUCUUCCUCCUGUCCUUUCUGUAUCUCCUGUCUCAUCAGCCUGCCAUAUCAUGCAGCCAAGCCCAGUCCCCAGCCCCAUAAUGAAGGGGAGAGAGGGGAAUGGCAGCUGAGAAAGAGGGGAGAUAAUGGAACAGAGGAGUGAAUGGGCCAGGUGGGCUGUCUUAUUUAAAGUGGUUGUGUAUGAUUCUUAUACUAAUUUAUACAAAGAUAUUAAGGCCCUUUUUGUUAAGAAACUGUCCCCAUAACUGUGUUCACUAUGUUUGUAAAAAUUGUUCUGUGUAAAUAUGUCUUUAUAAUAAAGAGUUAAAAGCUGACUGUUUGCCCUUGCUCUUGGAGGUCAUGAUCAGGAAGAGUGUUCCUUUCCCCCUAGGGUUAUGCUUGUCCCUGUGCCCACAGAUCGCACGUGUAGGGAGGUAAGUGCUUGCAUCCCAAAUUGGUUCUAGGUCAACUGGCCUCAAGCACACAAAGGGACUCUAAGCUGAAGGGCCACGUUCACAUAAAUUUCAGCCCACUUGUAAGUCUUUUGGCAUCUAUUUGAAUGUCCUUGUUUUGGGCGGGCAGUGUCAUUUAAGAAUUUUUCAAAAGCAAUUGAUUUAAGGACAGGCUGGUCAAAGAUGGAAUUUCUACUAACAUUUGUCUUGUACGCUUGGUGGGUGUCUUCUAUUUUAUCUACUUUAGAACACUUUCAGGACUUUUUAGCCAGUUUGUCUUUCUUGAAAAAUAUGUUUUCAGCAAUAAAUACAUUUGGUAAUGA